AAUUUUUAUAGUUAGAGGAUUUGGUGUAUACAUGAUACAGUUGCGUUCUUAAGGACCAUCUUGAUGAAAAAAAUAAAGUUCUGUUUGAUUGAGGAAUCAGGGACUUAAGAAAGAAAAAAAUUUCCUUAAACUAGACAGAUAUUGAACAGGACUUCUAACCUUAAGCACUGAUCCGAAUGUUGAAGCCACAUCCAAAAGUGCAGGCCAAAGAUGAUCACAUUUACUCUCUAGCAUUUGCAAUCCCUACCAUACUGAGCAUAUUCUGGUCCUCCUUAAAUUUUUCUAACACAGUACCUUUAGGAGCAUCUUCUCUUUCUUCUAGUUUUCCUUUCCUCACAACUCCUCAGCAUUCCAUCAGUUCUGGGCAGAUUUUACUGUUCUUUGAAAGGCAAGGGCUGUUGAAUGUUGUGCAAGAGAAAGUGUGUCCCCGAUCAAAGCCUGCUGAGAGGAACAUGGCCUAAGUGAUUAACUCACCCUCCAAACCCAAUGCCAUUUGGAAUGGCCUCUGAACUGAAACUCACAGCACACUGCCAAUUGGAAAUUGUAAGCUACAUAAGUCAGUUAAACAAAACAACAAUAGGCAGUUGAACAAGAAGAAUGCUGAAGGCCAAAAAUAAAGACAAUAGGACUAA